AUGCGCUACUCCGUGAUCAACAGCCUUCUACUUUUGGCUGUCUCUCCUCUGACUGUCCUCGGUCUGCCGACCCUCCCCGUGGACCCCAACGACCAGACUGGUCAAUGGGACCCCAGUGGCCAAUACCGAAAGGGUCAUUGGCUGAAUGGACAGUUCGUCCCCAACAAUAUCGAUGACCGUUACAACCAGAAUGGCCAAUGGCGCGACAACAACCGCAACGGCGCAAAUGGCUGGACUGAUGCCAACGGCCAGUGGCACUCCAACAACCAGAAUGAUGUGAAUGGUUGGACUGACGCCAACGGCCAGUGGCACUCCAACAACCGGAACGAUCAGAAUGGUUGGACUGACGCCAAUGGUCAAUGGCACGCCAAUAACAACCAGAAUGGCUGGACUGAUGCCAACGGCCAGUGGCACGCAAACCAGAAGCGCCAGGCUCUUCCUGGUCAACUGAACCAGGCUCUUCCCGGUCAACUGAACCCAACUGCAACCGACAAGGGAUCUCUGAACGUAGCCGGCCUUGGGAACAAGGCUAAUCUCGCGAACGCCAUCAAUCCCACCACCAUUCACCGCCGCAGCUGGCGCGACAACGAUAACUACCGAAACGACGAUUACAACCGCGAUGAUGACUACUACAACCGCGACAACUGCCACCGCGACGAUUGGAACUGCCGAAACCGGAACAACUACAAUGACAACGAUCGCUACAAUGACAACAAGCGCUGCUAUGGCAACUACUACCUUGAUGGCCGCAACUGCCGUCUUCGCGAUUUCCUGCCCAUUCCUUCCAUCAUCGCUCGCAACUGGCCCAAUGACAACAACAACUGGAACUCUGUCAACAACCCCCAGGUCACCCCCAGCUCCCAGAACAACAAGUACCAGAGCUAUGGCAACUACAAGAACUAUGGUUCUUACCAGAACUAUGCUGUCAACGGUCAGAAUCAGGCUCAGAACAAGGAUAUCAAGGCUACCACUGGCCAGCAGGAGUAG